GGUGCUCUCUUAAGAUGACUUCUUUCCUUGCAGACGUUUCAUUAUCCAACUAGGCAACAUCAUCAUCCAUGCUGGGAGAGAGUGGGGUUUGUUGAGUGGAAGAGAAAACGAGAAAGGGACUGUAGGGUCCUUAGUGCCCUCUGUGCUUUGUGGUUAGCUUGCAGACGUCACCUGACCCAACUAGAAUCUCUAUCCAAAACCCAGUCAAAUUCCUCCUUCUUUGAUAACGCAGAAGAAACAGAAAAUUAAGUGACGCUCCUGCCAAGGCCGUGUCUAUGUGAAGGAAGGAGUUGAAGGAUCUACUGAAGAUGAGACGACUGAAUCGGAAGAAGACCUUGAAUUUAGUGAAAGAAUUGGACGCUUUCCCAAAGGUUCCAGAAAGCUACAUCGAGACUUCAGCAAGCGGAGGAACAGUUUCUCUUAUAGCUUUUACAACGAUGGCUCUUUUAACCAUAAUGGAAUUUACAGUCUAUCGAGACACCUGGAUGAAAUAUGAGUAUGAAGUGGACAAGGAUUAUACCAGUAAAUUAAGAAUGAAUAUAGACAUCACAGUUGCAAUGAAGUGUCAACAUAUUGGUGCUGACGUCCUGGAUUUGGCAGAAACAAUGGUUGCUACUGCAGAUGGAUUGGUCUAUGAACCAGUGAUAUUUGAACUCAGUCCCAUGCAAAGAGAGUGGCAAAGGAUACUACAAAAUAUUCAGGCCCGGCUGCAGGAAGAACACUCUCUCCAAGACAUAAUAUUCAAAAGUGCUUUUAAAAGUGCUUCAACGGCACUUCCGCCAAGGGAAGACAAUCCCGUACAUUCGGCUGAUGCCUGCAGAAUUCACGGGCACCUCUAUGUGAAUAAAGUAGCAGGGAACUUUCACGUUACAGUGGGCAAGUAUCGAUGUGUUUUCCCGUUGUGUCUUCUAGCAUACAAUUUCUCCCAUAGGAUAGAUCACUUGUCUUUUGGAGAGCUCAUUCCAGGCAUUAUUAAUCCUUUAGAUGGUACCGAAAAGAUUGCAUCAGAUCACAAUCAGAUGUUCCAGUACUUUGUCACAGUGGUGCCAACAAAACUUCAAACACACAAAAUUUCAGCAGAAACGCAUCAGUUUGCAGUAACAGAAAGGGAGCGCGUGAUCAACCACGCGGCCGGAAGUCACGGAGUCUCUGGAAUUUUCAUGAAAUAUGAUAUCAGUUCCCUUAUGGUGACCGUCACCGAGGAACACAUGCCCUUCUGGCAGUUUAUCAUCAGACUCUGUGGUAUAGUUGGAGGAAUUUUUUCUACUACAGGCAUUUUACACAGCAUUGGAGGGUUCAUCGUGGAAAUUAUCUGUUGCCGUUUCAGACUGAAGUCUUCUAAAUCUACACCUGUUCAACUUCCAGAUAGUCAACGAAAUGACCACGAACCUCUAGCCACCGAAGAGGCGACGCAAUAGCCCCUCCUGCAGAAACUCUAGUCUUGACAUGAAAAGACAUUUUUUUAAUAGCAAAAGAUUGUGCAAUACAUUAAAGACACGGAGCCGGGGGGAACAAACAAACUAGCCUUUUUUUCCCCGGCAACGAAAGAAGGGAAAGCAAUUAAACUCUGCGCUGUGACUCGUUUUGUCCUUUUCAAGGAUUUUUAAAAAGUCGCUGAGAUGAUCCUUUCAUUUUUAAAGUCCUCCUUCCCAGAACGAGAAACAGGAUUGUCACGGAGAGGAGAAUUGAUCAUUCAGAAACUGGAUUUAAAUCGUGAAAAUUUAUCAACUCUACAUUCUGGGAGCAUCGCAGAGUCCCGUAGAUUGAUAAUCUUCAACGGGAAUGAAAUUGGAAAGUGAUGUAUUUUCCGUAGGCAAGCGAAGCGAGA